AUGCUGAGAGCUAAAGGUGAAUUCAUAGGCGGCCGGCCUAAACUCCCAUCCGAGUCUCGAACGAUCGGCCAAUACUCAAACAGCCAGCUCACCAAGCUCCGCCGAGCAAGUUACAAGGAUUAUGGCUUCGAUUUCGUGAAGCAGCAGGUGGCCAAGUGUGCACCAUGCGCCAACUCUCAGAUUGUCGAACUCAAAUGCUACAAAUGUGGACACAUACUAGACAUCUCCCAGUUCUCUAAAAAUCAGCGAAUCCGCGAAGAACCUCUUUGCCAGCCAUGCAUGAACUAUCAGCAGUCACUCGACGCCGGCGGCAAACCCCCUUCUUUGGAGCCACCCGAGGAGGAGGAUGAAGAUAUUACUGACUUGCAGAGUCUGACGGAGGAUGUUGGUCUGACUUUGCAAGAGAGUGAUGUUUUCGACAUUGACACGGCUCUUGUUCAAUUCCAGCGGAGUGGGUGUUUGGUGGCCAGCAGUGAUGAAAUUUACAAGCGGAAAAGUCUCUUUGAUAAGGUCAAGGCCCACCGUGCGUCGCCAACGCCCGUCGAUGAACCCACACCAGCCCCGGGAUGGACCUCCGACGGUAUCAAUGUCAAUGACGGUACUCCAUGGAAGGGAUACAAGUAUAUUUGA